CAUAGAAAAGGCUCCAAUCCUACACCCGUUGACGCUUCUCUCGUGCAGAGAUUCAUGUUUCAGCUUUGAAAGGCGUGGCGAGAUGAUUUGGAGGCAAGCUCUUUUCUCUGCAAUUGCUUCACAUUUUCAGCCCCUCCCGUUGGAAGAGACUCCAUUGAAGCUUGUUCAAGAAGUGGAAGAUCUGAAAGACCUGGCCGCUAAAUUAAGUACUGUUGAAGAGUUUGAGGUUGAUCUGGAGCAUAAUUCGUACCGAACAGAGGAUUACAUAGUUGAUACAUUCAAGCUCCGUGUUCACGUUGGUCCUUACCUAAGGGAGCUUUUCAAAAACCCUAAAAAGAGAAAGAUCGAGAUAUUGUUUGGCUUCAAAGGGACUUUGGCAUGGUCUACCUCAAGACCUUUUGUUUCCUCAUUGGUUUUCCUUUUGUUUAGGUUGCAGCUCAAAUCGCUGGGCUUCUCAUACGACUGGGACCGUGAACUCUCUACAACAGAGCCAAACUAUUAUAUAUGGACACAAUGGAUCUUUCUUCAGCUUUAUAAGAGAGGUUUGGCAUAUCAGAUCCAGGCUGAAGUACCCGUGAAUUGGUGCCCGGCUCUUGGUACUGUUUUGGCUAAUGAGGAAGUUGUGGAUGGUGUUAGUGAGCGUGGAGGCCACCCGGUUAUAAGAGAGUCGAUGAGGCAAUUGAUGCUGAAGAUUACUGCGUACGCUCAUCGUCUUCUAGAGGAUUUAGACGAGCUUAAGUGACCUGAGAGUAUAAAAGAAAUGCAGAGAAACUGGAUUGGAAGAUCAGAAGGAGCUGAGCUGGGUUUUUUGAUUCUUGAUAGCGAAGAAGGUCGAGAAACUGACAAAAAUAUUACAUAUUUCACCACCAGACCAGAAACCCUUUUUGGAGCGACGUAUGUUCAACAGACUACAAUCAUAUUUUAUGAUUCAAAAUUCAAGAUUCUUGAUCUUGAUUGUCUUAUAUGUUCUGCAGUUACAUGGUUGUGGCACCAGAGCAUCAUUUGUUGUCUUACUUUGUAACUGAAGAACAGAAACAACACAUAAAACUUCAUUUAUACAUUUAUUAAUAAAAAUCAAAUUAUCUAUCA